AUGGGGCUGGAAGUAGUACAACCACCUGAAACAGUGGAAGCAAGGAUUUCCACCUUAGUGAUGGAACCAGAUUUGAGAACUCAAAUUAUAAAUGCACAAAGACAAGAUGACAUCAUGGAAAAGAUUCGAGCAAAAGUACGAUCUGGUGAUGAAAAAAUUUUUAAAGAAGAAACAGACAAUGCUCUCACCUUCGAUGGAAGAAUCUGUGUGCCAAAUAAUGACGAGCUCAUAAAUAAGAUUUUGAGUGAAGCUCAUGACACACCGUAUACUGCCCAUCCAGGGAGCACCAAGAUCAUUUCAUCCACAAACGGAUGGACAGUUAGAAAGAACGAUUCAGGCCCUAGAACGAUUCAGAAACAAAUUCGAUUGAGAAUCAAGGAGGCACAAGAUCGGAAAAAGUCUUAUGUCGAUGCACGUCGGACGAAGUUGAAGUUUAACAUCGGAGAUAAGGUGUUUUUGAAGGUAUCUCCUUCUAAAGGGAUUACUAGGUUUGGAAUCAAAGGAAAAUUGAAGCCACGUUUCAUCGGGCCUUACGAGAUUCUUGACGAAGUAGGUCCGGUGGCAUAUCGUUUGGCAUUACCACCAAGCCUUGAGAAUGUACACAACGUGUUUCAUGUAUCUCAACUCCGGAAAUAUGUUUAUGACCCGAAGCACAUAAUCCACUAUGAAGAGGUUAGUCUAACACCAGAUUUAAACUAUGAAGAGAAACUUAUAGCUAUCCUUGAUCAAAAGAUACAACAGUUACGGAAUAAGUCAAUAUCAGCAGUGAAAGUUUUGUGGAAUCACCAUGGACAAGAAGAGGCAACAUGGGAGUUAGAGGAGAAAAUGAGAGAACAAUACACAGAAAUGUUUAUGUAA